GAACAGAAAGAUUUAACGAGAGAAAUGGUUAAUGAAUGUUUACCAAGAAAUAUUGAAGAAAUUCAUUUUGUUAGUUGUAUUAUUUACAAAGAAAUUUCUGGGACCAAUCUCUCUUUUCCUGAAUAUCUAAUCAUUGAUGGUCAGCAAAGGAUAACCACUUUUUUUAUUUUCUCCUUUGUUAUUCUUGAACUUUUAGAGGAAAAUAGUUCUAAGAUGAGGGGAGAAAAAGAAAAUUCUGUUCAAGCACUUAUUAGACACAAAAAUCCGGAAAAUAGUGAAGAGAGGAUUUUCCAGGCUUACCAAUACUUUAGGAAAGAAAUGAGAGACAAAAAGGUUCAAAAGCAUCUAGAAGAUUAUUUUAGGAAUCUUAAGGAUAGAGUUAAGUUUGUAUCAAUAAAAUUAGGCGAAAAGGAAGAUGCUUUAGAAAUUUUCAAAUCAAUUAAUACCUCUGGCGUUGUUUUAGCCCAAACUGACUUAAUAAAAGCAGAAUUCUUUAUCAUCUAUGAGGAUAGAAAUUUAGGGACUGACGAACUCGCUGAGGAAUGA